AUGCUUGCUGCAAACAGGACAAACAUAGCCCGCCCCGCGACGCGUCCAACACGUCCCGAAGAGGUAAAAUGGCAGCCCUCUCAGAGAAAUGAUGGGAGUGCUUUGCUUCUCAUAGUGAUAAUUGACAGCUUUCCCCUGGCGGGUAUUCAGAGCGGAUUUCUCGAGAACUACUACAAAAUGGACGGGGGUUACAAUAAUUAUGGCAACACCUCAUACGGAGGUGGAGGCGGCGGUGGCUUCAUGCCUGGAGAAAUGAACAGUCCAGCUGGUGGAAAGGGAGACAACAACAACGCCACCCUUCGUCCGAUCACAGUCAAACAAGCCCUCGACGCCUCACAACCAUACCCCGAAGCCGCCUUCCAGAUUGACGGAGCGGACGCGGCUAGCGUCUGCUUCAUUGGUCAAGUCCGCAACAUCAGCUCACAGAGCACGAACGUCACAUACAAGAUCGACGAUGGCACAGGGGAGAUUGAAGUGAAGCAGUGGAUAGACACACAGACCGCCGAUACGAUGGAGACGGAUGACGGGAAAGCCGGCACCGGGAAGAACCAAGUCGAGCUGAACGGCUUCGCAAAGGUGUUUGGAAAGAUCAAGUCCUUCGGGAAUAAGCGAUACGUGGGAGCGCACUGUGUACGGCCGACGACGAACCUCAACGAGGUACACUGCCACCUUCUCGAGGCCGCUGCGAUCCAUUUGUUCUUUACGCGUGGUCCUCCUGGUGGUGGAGCCGCUGGCGGCGCUUCUGGUGCUGGGGCCGGCGCGGACGCCGCAAUGGGUGGUGCAAAUGACUACGGUGUUGGCAACAGUAAUCUCCCUGCUAUGAGCCCUGCCGCUCGGAGAGUCUAUAACCUCUUGAAGACUGAGCCUCAGAGCAACGAGGGUCUACACGCUCAGUUGAUUGCCGCCAAAUUGAAUCUGCCGAUGCCUGAUGUAGCACGGGCUGGGGAGGAGUUACUUACUGCUGGUGUUAUUUUCUCGACUGUUGAUGAGCAGACUUGGGCGAUUCUGGAGUACUAG